ACCGCAAGGGGUGCAACUCGUGUGAAGAAAGUGAAAGCGAAACCAUUGGGCUAUAAACGAUCAAAGGACACAACGGCAGGGGAAACAUAAAAAAAAGAAUAAGAAUAAAAGAGGCCUACUGAUUGGUGUCAUGCAGUCCAUUCUGAACUCCUGGUCUCGUAUUCCUGAAAUGGCCACACUGACUCAGCAGUGAGGAUGUCUCAGAAGUGAAAGAAUAGGUCUGCUGACUUCAAAUCAAGUCUCUCUGAGAUGUCUGAGACCAGCUCUGGAACGCUCAGUUCUAAAAGGAAAAAGAUCCAGUUGGAGAGAGCAGUGUCACCUGUACCCAGCCAUCUAUCAAUGAAAAGUACUGACUCAAUGUCUCAUCCAUUCAACUUUGGGGAAGACUCAUCAGGUGAUAAAAGGAUCCAGUUGGAGAGAGCAGUGUCACCUGUACCCAGCCAUCUAUCAAUGAAAAGUACUGACUCAAUGUCUCAUCCAUUCAACUUUGGGGAAGACUCAUCAGGUGAUAAAAGAAUCCAGUUGGAGAGAGCAGUGUCACCUGUACCCAGCCAUCUAUCGAUGAAAAGUACUGACUCAAUGUCUCAUCCAUUCAACUUUGGGGGAGACUCAUCAGGUGAUAAAAGGAUCCAGUUGGAGAGAGCAGUGUCACCUGUACCCAGCCAUCUAUCGAUGAAAAGUACUGACUCAAUGUCUCAUCCAGUCAACUUUGGGGGAGACUCAUCAGGUGAUAAAAGGAUCCAGUUGGAGAGAGCAGUGUCACCUGUACCCAGCUAUCUAUCGAUGAAAAGUACUGACUCAAUGUCUCAUCCAGUCAACUUUGGGGGAGACUCAUCAGGUGAUAAAAGGAUCCAGUUGGAGAGAGCAGUGUCACCUGUACCCAGCCAUCUAUCGAUGAAAAGUACUGACUCAAUGUCUCAUCCAGUCAACUUUGGGGGAGACUCAUCAGGUGAUAAAAGGGCACAAUGGUCAACAGGGUUCUGCCCUCAGGUAGAGAUGAGAGACCGAUCCAAUGGUUCAAACAUCGCUAAAAAGUCUCAGAAGGAUCUUGAUGGCUCACUUGAGAAAGACCACCAGAAGAAUGAAUCCAUAUUUAGAGACCAACAGACAUUGAGAACUAAUCUGAAGAAGAAAUUUGAAUGCAUAUUUGAAGGUUUCGAAAGGCAGGGCCGCUCGGCCCUCUUCAACGAGAUUUUUACAGAACUCUACAUUACAGAAGGGGGAAGUGGGGACAUAAAUAAUGAACAUGAGGUGAGACAAAUUGAGGCAAUAUCCAAGAGACAAAUGGCACAGGAAACUGUAAUAGACUGCAAUGACAUUUUUAAACCUCUACCAGGUCAAAUAGGGCCAAUCAGAAUUGUGCUAACCAAGGGGAUUGCUGGUAUUGGAAAAACCUACUCUGUUCAUAAGUUCAUUCUUGACUGGGCUGAAGGAAAAGCCAAUCCAGAUGUGAAUUUCAUCUUCAUUCUUCCUUUUCGAGAUCUGAAUUUGAUGGCAGAGAGAAAAUUCAGUCUCAUGCAACUCCUCCAGCACUAUUUUCCCGAACUGAAAGAAAUUGAAAAUGUUGCCAAUGAUGAUGUCAAAAAAGUGCUGAUCUUUGAUGGUCUAGAUGAAUGUCGACUUCCUCUAGAUUUCCAGCACAAUGAAAUCUGCUCUGAUGUAACAGAGUCAACAUCAGUAGACAUGCUCCUUACAAACCUCAUUAAGGGGAAUCUGCUUCCCUCUGCUCUCCUCUGGAUCACCUCCCGACCAGCAGCAGCCAAUCAAAUCGCAUCUGUGUGCAUAGAUCGGGUAACAGAGGUACGUGGGUUCAAUAACCCACAGAAGGAGGAGUACUUCAGAAAGAGAAUCGGAGAUCCAAACAUGGCACGCAGAGUUAUCUCACACAUAAAGUCAUCCAGGAGUCUCUACAUCAUGUGUCACAUACCAAUCUUCUGUUGGAUUUCUACUUCUGUUCUGGAAACGCUGCUGAGUGAAGCACACAAUGGAGAACUCCCUACAAAUCUGACUGAAUUGUACACGCACUUCCUGUUCAUUCAGACGAAUGUGAAGAAUCAGAAGUAUGAUGGCACCAGUCAGACUAACCCAAAGAUGAUGUUGGAGUCAGAUGCAGAAAUCAUCCUAAAACUAGGACAUUUGGCUUUUAAACAGCUGGAAAAAGGUAAUUUGAUAUUCUAUGUAGAAGACUUAAGAGAAUGUGGCAUUGAUGUCCCAAAAGCUUCAGUGUUCUCUGGAGUGUUCACAGAAAUCUUUAAAGAGGAGUUUGGGCUGCACCAGGAGAAAGUCUACUGCUUUGUGCAUCUUAGUGUCCAGGAGUAUAUGGCUGCCUUGUUUGUGUUUCAUUCAUGUGUAACUGAGAAGCGAAACAUCCUCGCACCAGAGGCGCCACAAUCUCAGGAUGUCAGCAUCCAGUUGUUCGAGUUAUACAAGAAUGCAGUGGAUCAGGCAUUGGAGAGUAAAAAUGGACACCUGGACCUGUUCAUCCGAUUCCUUCUCGGUCUCUCAUCGGACACUAAUCAGACUCUUUUAGGAGGGUUUCUAAAACAGAAAUUUAGCAUAUCAAAGGACAUUGAGGAAGCGGUGGCUUACAUCAAGAAGAAGAUCAGGGUGGAAUCCUCAGCAGAGAGGACCAUCAAUCUGUUCCACUGUCUGAAUGAACUGAAAGCCAACUCUCUUGUAGAGGAAAUCCAGACAUCCCUCAGAUCUGGAACACUGUCUGAUAAAAGGCUGGAUCCACAUGAGUGCUCAGCUCUGGCCUUUGUUUUAUUGAUGUCAGAUGUUUUGGUUGAGUUUGACUUGAAGACAUACAACACAUCAACAGUAGGUCAGGAGAGACUGAUACCAGUCAUCAAGUACAGCAGGAAGGCUUUACUGGACCGAUGUAGUCUCACAAAGAAAUCGUGCUGUUCUGUGGCCUUGGCUCUACAGUCAGUUCCUUCACAUCUACAAGAACUGAACCUCAGCCACAAUAACCUGGGAGAUUCAGGAAUGGAGGUUCUCUAUCCUGGUCUGAUUAGUCCAAAUUGCAAACUACAGAGUCUGAGCCUCUGUAACAGUGAUUUUGGAGAUACAGGAGUGAAGUUGCUCUGCGAAUACCUGAGCAGUACAAACUGCAAACUACAGAGACUUGACCUCUGCAACAAUAACCUGGGAGAUUUGCGACUGAAGCCACUAUUUUCUGUAUUGGCAAGUGAAAACUGUACACUUCAGUCACUGGAGCUGUCAAGCUGUCAACUCACUGAGAGAGACUGUGGUUCUCUGGCACCAGCUCUGCGUUCAAACACAUCACACCUGAGAGAGCUGGAUUUGAGAAACAACCGUCUAGGAGAUUCAGGAAUGAGAGAACUCUCUGCAGGACUGGGGGACCGCAACUGUAAACUAGAGAAGCUGGUUGUGAGUCAUUGUGAUCUCACGGAGGACUGCUGUGAUGUUUUGGCCUUAGUACUGCGUUUGCCCCACUCAGAGCUGAGAGAUCUGGAGCUCAGUGACAAUGACUUGCGAGAUUCAGGAGUGAAAGCACUCUGCACUGGAUUGGAAGACCAACAAUGUAAACUGCAGAGCCUGAGGCUGUCAGGCUGUCGAGUCACAGAGAAAGGCUGUAUUGACUUGGCUACAGCCAUGCGUUCAAAUCCCUCUCAACUCAGAUUGCUGGAUUUAACCUACAAUCAUCCUGAGGAGUCAGGAGUGAGAGCACUCUCUGCUGGAAUGGAGGACCCCAGCUGUGCACUUGAGACACUGCUUACGGACCAUGGAGGAGAGAGCAGAAACAAACCAGGACUGAGAAAAUAUGCUUGUCAGCUCACACUGGACCCCAACACAGCAAACAGAAAUCUGUGUCUCUCUGAGGGCGACAGGACGGUGGGACUGGCAACAGAGGAGCAGCCAUAUCCUGAUCACCCAGAGAGAUUUGACCUGAGCCCCCAAGUGCUGUGCAGAGAAGGUCUGUCUGGGCGAUGUUACUGGGAGGUUGAGUGGAAAGGGAGAGGGGCUGACAUUGGAGUGGCAUAUAAAAGUAUUAGCAGGAAAGGACUAGGUAAGGAGUGUGAGCUUGGACAGAAUGAAAACUCUUGGAUUCUUUAUUACAAUAAAUACCAAUACUCCGCACGCCACAGAGAUAAGAACACAAACAUACCUGCCUCCCCCUUCCCCUCCCAUAGAGUGGGGGUGUAUCUUGAUUGGUCGGCGGGCACUCUGUCCUUCUACAGCAUCUCCUCUGAUUCAGUGAUCCCCCUGCAUGUGUUUUUCACAAAGUUCACUGAACCCCUCUAUCCUGGGUUUUAUGUUUGGUCUGAUUCUUCAGUGUCCCUGUGCCAGCUGUAGUAAGAUCAAGUGUACUGGAGGAAUACCUGUCAGACACAGC